CCCGCGGACAGACGCGCACGCCGUUUGCCGCCAUGAUGCGAUCCGCGACGAUCGCGCCGACGACGACCUUCGCGGCGACGCGGGUGCGCCCCCCGCCCUUCUCUUCUCCCCGCGCGCGCGUCGCGCUCGUCGCCCCCGCGGGCGAAGAAAAAAGAAAGAUGUUGACGGACGAAGGGAACACCGCGAUUCAACAUCGUCGCCGCCCUCCUCCUCCUCCUCCUCCUCCUCCUCUCCCGUUCUCUCUCCCGCGCGCCCGGCCUGAUCCCUUCGCCGCCCGCGCCCACCCUUCGCCAUCCCGACGCCGCGCGCGAUCCGUCCGCUCUCCGACCGACGUCUCGUCUCCCCCUCCACGCCGCCCCGUCCAUCCCCCCGUCCUCCUUCCCUCCCCGCCAGUCGGCGCGCGCGCGCGCGCGUGCGCGCCGCGCCCUCAGCCUCGGACGCCCGACGCGAGACCGCGUCGUCGGCCGGCGCGGGCGCGGAUCGAUCCCGGCGACGCGCGCGUCCUCACGCGACGACGACGCGCGCGAGCACGACGCGAACGCGUCGCGCGACGAGGACGAUGAUGAGAAGGACGCGAACGACGACGACGACUUCGGCGCGGCGUUCAAGUCCUUCUCCGCCGCGGCCAAGGGCGUCGCGAACGCCGCGUCGGGGGUUUUCCGAUCCAAGACGGGCGGCGCGGGCGACGUCCUGGAGAAGGGCGGCGACGACGCGCCCGGCAAGAAUUACAACGAAGACGUCGAGCGGCUUUCCGGCGACGACGGCGUGAUCGAAGGCAUGCUCGUGGAGGACGCGGCGAUGAACGCUUUGUACGAAGAGAUGGAACAGAAGACCGCGAAGGGCGGCGGCAACGUGGACGACGAGUGGGCGUCGUCGUUCGAGGGCGGCCGGAACAUCGACGGCGACGAGGUGAAGAAGACGGAACGGAAGAAGAAGGAGAAGGAAAAGGACGCGGAGAAGAACGGCGAUGCUGAGGGGUCCGCGUCGGAUCCCGAGAUCGUCGCCGAAAAGGAUGACGAAAAGGAUGACGAAAAGGACGACGACGACGACG